AUGCUUUGUGAUGUUGGACUGUAUAUUUUUCAAGUCAAUUUGACAACAGGAAGGCUGUUAAUCUCUUUUAUUUAUUCAUAUAUAUAUAUAUAUAUAUAUAUAUAUAUAUAUAUAUAUAUAUAUAUAUAUAUCGUCCUCUUUCUCUUUCUCUCUCUGUCUUUCUUUUUCUUUCUUUCUAUCUAUUUCGCUUUCUUUCUUUCUCUCUUUCUCUCUCACUAUUUCUUUCCCUUUCUCUCUCUCUUCUUCUCUGUUUCUUUCUCCCUCUCUCUCUCUCACGCUCUUUCUCUAGUGCUCUUUCUCUCUGUUUCUCUUUCUCUCUCUCUCUCACUUUUUCUCUUUAUUUCUCUCUCUGUAUCUUCCUUUCUCUCUCUCUCUAUGUCUCCCUCUCUUUAUUUCACUCUCCCUUUCUCUUUCUCUCUCUAUCUUUUUCUCUUAUUCUCUGUCUCUUUCUUUCACCCUCUCUCUCUCUUACUCUAUGUUUCUCUCUUUCUCAGUCUCCCUCUUCCUCUCGCUUUCUUUCUCUCUCUCCUUCUCUCUUUCUCUUUUUCUCUCUCACUGUUUCUCUCUUUUUCGCUGUCUCUUUCUCUUUCUUUCUCUCUUUCUCUCGCUCCCCGCCAUAUUUACCAGAUUAACAGCAAAAUUGUCCAAAUCAUGUAA